AUGCAGCCCUCGGUGAGGCAAUCAGAGCUGGAGCGGCUAUACCAAAGCCGUAAGACGUCACGAGGGCAUGUGCCGCACAUUUCCAUCAGCGACGACAGCCACCACAUCACCGAAGCGAUCGGCAGCUACUACGGCGACGAGCAACCACCGCCGCCCGGGGGAGGGCCUGCUAAGCGCGAAGUACGUCCACUGAGCUUCAUGCCGUCGCCGAAUGAAGUCUACGAGAGCCGUGGGAAUAAGAGGGGUGGUGGGUAUUUCGACGUGAACAAAGGGACGAGUGGGAGUAAGAAUCCACUGGAACGGACACGGUCGAAUGAGAGCGGGUCAGGGGCGGUGGAGACCGGCAGUCUGUCGCCCAAGUCGCUGAGGAGGAUGGGGUCAGGUGCGGCCGAUGACGCUGGCGGCGGACAGCACUCGCCGCCAUCACUCACACGGCACAGCUCUGCAGAAACGGCAGUCUCGCAGUUUCCACUGAACGACAUUGACUAUGAAUCUAGUCCGGCAGCAGUGGCGCAAGAGCUCAGCAAUCUGCAGGCUAUACGGCGCAUGUCUAUGAACGUGGAUGCUGGAGAUCCGGAUCUGGCAGGCUUCGGCGGCGUGGUACCUACGGUAGCGCCUUCACGAAACGAUGAUGAUGAUGAGAAUGAUGCGGCGCGGCUGUUCUGGGUGCCUGCGCGGUUACAUCCGGAACUGGCCCCCAAAGAGUUCAAGACGUUCUUGGAGGACAGGGUGGACAAGAUACGGCGGCGAUCAGGUGACAGUGAUAACUUGUCUGUGGAAGGGCCGGAGCGGUCGGCUUCGAGUAGUAGUAGCCUACGGCGGAAGAAGAGUAUGCUUUCGCGGCAGAUUGAUACGAAAGGAGAGUACGAGGAUGGUGCAGACCGUCUAGAUAGAAAGAGAUCGAUGCGCAUGCAAGUGGAAGGUCAAGCGACUGUCACGAAUCUCGAGGACCUGGAGGCGCUGGUCAACGAUCCUCAGCAACUGAUCCGUCGCAUGAGUAUGAGUGCUGCGCGGCGGUCAUCUGAGGAUAGCAACGGCGAGGUCCCAGCGAGCGAAGAUAUGCCUAUUCUGCCGCCCGGCGGUCAAACGCUCAAACGCUCCACGCGGACGACCUACCGGAAGGGCAGCUUAAAACGUGGGGAACGUGUACCGUUCUCGAAGCGAGUGCAGCAACGACAAAGUGGUCUGGAAGAUCACGACGAUGCACGUGCGCAAUCGCCAACUCAGGUCGCAGCUGAUGAUCGAGAGCCAAUUCUUGGAUUGACCAGGGUCCAGACUGAACCUACGCCGCCAGCUGGUAACCUUGAGUUUCACUCCGCACCGACGAACCAUAGUUCCUCAAGUAGGAGAGCUCCGCUUGUUUCGAGCUAUUCGAGCGAGGAUCUUGCGUCCGAACCUUUGCGCCAGGCUCAGAACCAAGAAGCUCGGAGGGCACCUCCACUGUCUGCACCUCCACCCCAGGAAGAGGAGCACGAUCUUCGAGGACCGCAGGCGCGACAGUUUCACUCGAGACUCGCUAGUGGGCCUGGUCGGACGACUGCACAUUUGCCUGGCUAUACCAACAACAAUCCGCUACCACAUAUCAUCGAGACUCUGCCAGAUGGCACGAAAGUACCUGUAGGACCACUUGCGCAACAGCAACAGUUUCCGGAACGAAAGUCCUCCCAUGAACUACCUCGGCAGAAUCACCGGGGUGGUGCGCACAUGCGACCAGCACCUGGUGCAAGUCACUCCCAUCACUCCCGGACAUCGACAUUAGACGACAUCUCUUCAAAUCCAUCGCCUCUACCAGGAAGCGGCAGCACACGGACCGAUGCGCUCACGAUGGUGCCAACUUUCGAGGACAAGAAAGUCGAUCGGAAAGACAGCACAAGGAAAAGCAGCUGGAAAUGGAUUCUUGGCAAUGAUGACGAUGAGAAGGAGAAAGAGAAAAAAGCCGCUCGCGAGGAGAAUGCGCUUGGUGGUGGACUGUCAAAGACGAAGUCUAAGCUUACCAAGACUCCGGGUGACAAAGCACGGAUGGACGUCUUGCAAAAUACUAUUGAUGGUACUACUCCCUCCCGAGGUCGCGAGAGCGUUGUGCUCAAUCGCGCGGAUGUCCAGCUCGAUGAUGAGCGGAAGAAGGAAAGCAAGCGAUCAGAGACCAAGAAGGAGAAAGACAAGGAAUCUAGUCUGCUUUCAGCUAUCUUUGGUGGCAAGAAGAAAUCUUCGGAGGGUGAUCUCAAGGACAAGAAACGCAAACAUGACCGCGCGCAUUCAAUCGAACCUGUGCAAAGAGUGCUGAAACCCGAUAUUGACUACAACUGGACCCGCUUUAGUAUACUGGAAGAACGUGCGAUAUAUCGGAUGGCUCAUAUCAAGCUGGCAAAUCCACGCCGCGCUCUGUACAGCCAGGUCCUGCUGAGCAACUUCAUGUACUCGUACUUGGCUAAGGUACAAGCGCUGCACCCUCAAAUGCAAAUUCCUGCUUCCCAGCAGCAGAAGGCGCAGCAACAGCAGCAGCAGAAGGACCAGCCCGCUGAGUACUCACAAUAUCAGCGAUGGCAAGAGCAGCAGCAACGCCAGGAGCAGUCAAGCGGUGGUCAGCAAUCAGGCCGAACGAGCGAAGAGAUGAUCUCCGCCGGUGCUACAGGAGCAGCAGGACAGCAACAACAACGAUCAAACUACGAUCAGCAUUACCGAAGCAGUUACGAUAAUAACGACCAACAACACUCAUCCGGCGGUUACGACCACGGCCGGGAGUCGGAUGAAUAUGAGAACAGUCAGUAUGUGCGUCCGAAUCAAUACUCGCACGAGACCGCGCAGGAGAGAGUCAACGGCAUUAUGGGCCAGCCUGCUACCAAUUCGGGAGGACAGCAGAGUUAUAGUGUGGCGAGCACGCAUGAUUAUUUGGGAUAUCCCAAGGAUCAGCAGCCCUUUGAUGCUAGGGGUGGAGAUCUUUGGGAUGAUGAUCGGAAGUCUGAGGAGCUUUGGUGA